AUGGAUGAGAUCGAGAGUCUCGGGCUUUUAAGCCUGGGAUUUAGGCUGUCCAGGCGGUUAUUGGGAGUCAGUUGCCGUUGCUCCAAGGACAUUCUACUGCUGACAACUGCUGCUUAUGCGGUGCUGCCGAACACAGCCCAGUGGCUGCAGCAGCGGUAUGGCAUUCGAACUCUGCACGUCGAAGUGCACUUUCCGGCGACUGGCGCGGAGACCUUCCUGGAUCCGGUCAGGGAGGCCCUCGAGAAGCUGGGAGGAGAGGCGUCUCGCCUUCGGCUUGCCGUCUUUGAUCAUGUGUCCUCCUACCCACCUGCCGUCCUUCCGGUGGAAGCCUUGGCCAAGCAAGUGAAGGUGGCGGCGCCGAGCGCGCUCGUGCUGGUGGACGGAGCUCAUGCUUUGGGGCAGGUGCCCAUUUCCAUGACGGCCUUGGCCACCGCGGGCGUGGACUUCUAUGUCACUGAUGGCCACAAGUGGCUCAUGGCACCCAAGGGCAGCGGUGCUCUUUGGGCACGCCCCUCUGCGCAGCCCCUGCUGGAGCCCGCGAUCAUCUCCUCGGACAAUGCGCCAGGAACGAGCUUCCAGUCCCGGUUUGACUACAUCGGAACGCGGGACUACACACCCUGGUGUGCUAUGGGAUCGGCGAUGGACUUUCGUCGGGACGUGCUUGGGGGAGAAGACCGCAUUCAAAGCUACGUCACCGGCCUGGCUCGUUGGGCUGGGAGGCACAUGGCAGACCGCCUUGGCACCGAGACGGUGGCACCAGAUUCAAUGACACCCGGCAUGUUUGCUCUGCGGCUGCCUCUGCCCGAGGACUGGACUCCGAGCCAGAAGACGGCAUGCAGCGGGCUGAUUGCACAAGGGCUCAUUGGCCAGUACUCCAUGCAAGUGAUCUCUUUUGGACUACACACUCCCGCCAGCGAUGGGCGCGAAGAGGUCACACACUGGAUCCGAGUAUCGGCGCAGGUGUACUUGGAGAGGUCAGAUUUCGAAGAUCUCACCCACGCCGUGACGUCACUGAGGGCGAAGUGCACCAGCAUGGCCAAGCUGAACACCUUCAUGCUACGCUCCAUGGGCAUCGGUGCCUAUCACGUGGGCGUUGAGGUGCUUGGCGACGAGUGGUACUUCCGCUGGAGUGAUACUGCAGAAUCGGGCAUCGUCUGGAUGCGGCCGCGAGCGCAUCAGGUUCAUGUCUAUAGCGAGUCCAUCUGCUUGGGCACGUCGGAGCUCUCUGACAAGCAGAUUCGAUCUGCCAAGCCCUCAGAGCCCCACCGGAAGUUCGCGGAGCUGCAUUUCAUCGGCCGGCUUCUUGCGGUGUCGCACGGUGCGAUCCGGGGCUUUAUCAUGGUGCCUGGGAGUGGCAAGCCGGCGGUCCAGCUGGGAGGGGGGCAGGCCUCUGAGGUGCCGGUUCCGGUGGACGAGGAAGAUGAUGAUAUGGCUGAACCCCGCAAGCGGAGUGGCGGGCCUGAGCCUGCUCCGGGGCUCCCUUCGCCCAAGAAAGAGAGGUCGGGGGUGGUCACCUUGGAUGUGCAGCGUAUUCGCGAGCUGCUGGCGGAGCAGAGUCGAGAGCUGCUGGGGGCUCAGCAAAAGCAGCUGGAUCAGGCUGUCCAGGAUAUGGAGAAUAAGAUGGAGAUCCGGGUUGCUGGGGUCGAGAAGCAGGUGGCUGAAGCUCAGGGGCGCUCGGAGGUGUUGGAAUCCAAGGUCGAGCAAUUGGAGACUGCACUGCGGGAGCUCACGCAGAUGGUGAAGGAGGGCUCAGGGCCUCGGCAUCUUGGGGACGACUCGGAGAGAAGGCGUUCGACACUGGUCUUUGGAGGGUGGCCGAAAGACAGCCGUCGGAUGGACAUCCUCUCUGAACUCAAGGAGGCUUUGAUGAAGCUGGGGCUGCAAGCAGAUUGUGAUGAGGCUCCAUUUUGCACAGGGCCGAGGCGAUCCAUUGCCCUGAUGUCAGUGCCUCUGAGGGCCAUGGAGACGGAGCAAGGGAGGCGAUCGAGGAUGUUCAAGUUUGUUUCCGCCUUCCAAGGGCACGAGGUUUCCUCAAAGAGUGGGUCCAAGCUUUGGUGCAACUUCAGCAAAUCCCCCAAGGAGAGGGCGAUCGCGGCCCACGCCUCGCACGUGAAAAGGGUGGUGGCACACUUUGAUGAGGAGAUGGCCGCUGGGCAGCUCGACUUUGAGUACAAAACUGGGUCAGUGUGGGGGCCGCAGUCUAUGUUGGCAAGUGCUUUGCUUCCCCACCCCCCUGGGGUAGCAGCGAAGCAUCUCCUGGUCGAUGAGGAAACCGACCACAAGCACUGGAUUGAUGUGUCCCAGGUCGCGAAGCUUGUCAACAAAACGGCUAAGCAGGUGAGGGAUGCGAUUCAUGAUCGAUGUCUGCAGACGAACUUGGGGCACUUCGGCAUUUUGCUGGCCUUGAGUCGCACGAAUUUAAUGGCAGAGUGCAAAGUUCAAGUCUAUGGAUGGAAUGUUGGAGGGGCCGCUCUCUCGGACCUUGCCAAAGCAGUGUGUGAAGGUGCACGAGGAGCCUUGGAUCCGGAUGCGAUUGUGCUCCUGCAGGAGCUGCCUCGUGGGACUGCUGGCUGGACCUCGGAAAAACAGGGGACGCUGGAGAUUCUCUCACACAGAUCGGAGGGUGCGUGGCGUGGUGCAGGGCUCGCAUUCAAUACUGAUUCGUGGUGUGUGGUGAGACGAGUCGCUCGAUCUAGAGGGUGUUGGGUCUUGCUUAAGCACCUCGUGCACGGGAACCAGGUCUGGUGCGGAACAGCUCACUUCACCCCAGGGUGUACCCAAGCACAGUACGAGAGCGAGGUCACGAACUUCUUUGAGGGCACCCCCAAGGGCUCGGUACCAGUGGUGUGCCAGUUUGACGCGAAUGCAUCGAUUGUGUGGAACCAGUUUGACGGGGAGGUCCUUGCAGUGGGGCGGGAUGGCAAAGCUAAUGAGGCUCUUGGGCAAGUGGAGUCGCGAGGGCUGGUGAUGGUUCCUCCCAAUCCUGCUCAGUUCAGAACUCCCACGAGUAGACCGAGACAGGAGGGGCGCCGAGGGAGCAUCAUCGACUACAUGGCGACCAGGGGAGUUAGACGAGCGAGGGAGAUUGUUCAUGUAGACUCGUGUCACGUGCUCGGGACCGACCACGAACUUCUUCAGGGUGAACUUGAACUUAUGAAGGGAGAGGCUGCACGGAGAGCACCUACUGCACCACGGGUGUGGAAGGGUGGGGUUGAUCUCAUCAAGUACCUGGACCAGGCGACCCUUGUUCAGCUUGCAAGCCGGUGUACCAAGCCAGCACAGGGGCGUGGCUACAGGGACCCCCCCGACGUCAAGGAGGCAGUAGCUCGGGCUAGGUUGUUGAGAACGAAGGCUUCGUGGUGUACGGUUCGCUCUCUCCGCAAGAAUGCACGGAAAGUAUGGGAAUCCCAACGGGUCGAGCGCGCUAGCCAAGGGGACUGGGGAGCCUUCAAGGAUGCCAAGCCAAAGACACAUGCAGGGUGGCAGCACUCAUUCGCAGAUGCACAGGAGUUGGAUCCGCACACGGUUGUUCAUGAUCACUUGCAAGCGGUCUACCAGGGCAGGGGUGUGAAGCCGAACAAAGGGGUCUAUGAGGGUGACGUGACGGUGUUCAGCGAGAAGGAAUUGAGGGAUGCUCUCUCACAGAUGAAGCGGGGGAAAUCGGUUGGAGUCGAUGGCACAUCAACGGAAUUGCUGCAGGCCUUGGUGGACGUGGAGGGUGGCUUCACCCACCUACUUGAGUUUAUGAACAGAACCCUGGUUACACAGCAAAUCCCUGAUGACUGGAACACUCCCCUCAUGAUCCUGCUGCCCAAGAUCCUCGAACCUCUGGAAGCUAAACACCUCAGGCCGAUCUCGAUGAAUAGUGCAGUAGGGAAACUCUUCUCGAGGCUCCUGCUAAACCGAACCCUGAAGUAUGUGACGGCGAGAACCCACUCCCAGUGUGCCGGUGUGGGAAGACAGUCCGCGGAUUACCUUUUUACGGUUUGGCGUUUGCUGGAACUUGAAAGAGAGUGGCACGUUGGGUUGUGCCUCCUGAAACUGGACGUGUCCAAAGCUUUUGACACGGUUGAUCGGGAGCAGCUGCUUAGAACUCUGGGGUCUCGUAUGGGCGAUUGUGCAGAACUCCGGUGCUGGAGGGCUCUUCUUCAGGAUGGGCAUGCACUCCUGCAGUCACCGUGGGGGUCGUCACUGGUGGAGAUGACACAGGGGAUAAAGCAGGGGGCGGUCGAAUCGCCAGGGUUUUUCUCGAUGAUCGCUGAGGUGUGCUUCCAGGAGGCAGGCGAAAGGUUCGGAUGGGAUAAGAUGCCGUCAGCCUUCGAGGGCAUGCCACACCACGAUGUGCUGUUUAUGGAUGAUGGCUUCAUCUGGUCUUCUGGGGUGCAGGGCAUACAGCAGAAAGUGAGGCAGCUAAUGGUGGUCCUUCAGGAGUUCGGUCUCAAGCUCAACGGGUCUAAGUGCCAGCUUCUCUGUUCUCCCCACUGGAAAGGGCAGCGGGCCGUUUGGAUUGCAGGGUCGCGGGUGGAGGCCUCCCCGGAGGUGGAUGUCAUGGAACUUCCCAUGCGUGUGGGGAUGACGAUGUCGGAGCUUGUGUCGCCGUUGGUGGCUAGGGCCAGGUCCAAAUUCUGGAGCAUGCACCACGUGUUUCGUUCCAAAACAGGGCUUCGGAAACGACUGCAAACUUUGGCGACGGCGGUUGGGAAUGCUGCCAUGUGGUGCCUUGCCUCUUUCCCACCCGAGAAGCCUGCCAUGGGGAUGCUGAACACCAUGCAGCUGCAACUGACCAUGUGGACCAUGCGACUGGCGAGGAGAGUAGGGGAGAGUAUGGGGGAAUUCCGUGUUAGGGCUUUCAGGGCGGCCAGGUAUGCACUUCAUGCCAGUGGAGUCGAGCGUUGGGGGACCAGCUGGCUGAGGCGAUGGUGGCGAUACGCCGGGCAUCGAUCCAGAUGCCUGCUCCGGGAUUUCCCGCCGAUCAGUGCCCACUUGGAUGCCUUUCGCACUCUCGAAUGGUGGGAAACUCAGAAGGCGACAAGCGGACGAACACACCCAAGACAUUACCCCAGACUCGCAAACAUGGAGAGGGCCAUGAAUGCAGCAGCUCGGGGGGAGUGGAGAAUGGUGGCACACAACAGAACAGUUUGGCAAGGGCUUGAACAAACGUGGGUUGACAGCAUGGAUUUGCCGUGGGCGAGGAAGCCUGAUGGCAGUCGCGGCUCAGCAUUGCUUUGUAGCUGUGCACUCUGUGAGGCUCACCAGAGCCUCUUCGCGAACUUACGAACUUUCAUGUGCCACGUGAUGUGGCUUCUUUCCGUAGGACUCGCUGUGGUGAAGUGCCAUGUGCAAGAGCCACCUCGAGACCUACUGCCUGAUUUUCUUGAUUCCGACCGACCUGACCCGGGAACCCCUGGAGGAGUUGGGCGAGAGCAGUACCACGUGAGGACCCUGAAUUACACGAUUCAGCCCGACGUUGCGAUUGAGACUGCUGGGGAUGCAAGUGGCGGCCAACCGAAGCCAUUGGCCCCGGGGAGGGGUUCCUCUGUGGACUAUGCAGAUGGGCCUGAAAGGGGAGAUGAUCGGGACGGCGAUUCCCGACUUUGUGAAGCAGGUCGGCGGGUGUUGAACCACCUGGACGAGGCCUUUGGGACGACCGCGCACAUGCACUACGAGAUCCCCGCUGAGGAUGUGGCCUUUAUGCAGGAAGCUUCGCGACCGGCCUCGGCGAAGCGGGCCCACCCUAGGCCGGACAGACCGUGCGAGGAAUGGGUCGAGGGUGUCAUUGCGGACUUUCGCCAGCUGGUGGACCAAGGACAGGGCAGGUUGGCGCGAAGGUCACUGAUGAUGGAACUGCAGAGGAGAUGCCAUUCGACACCCACGGACCUGGCGGAAGAGGUGUUAGGGUCUGCUUUGGACGACGAGAGCCUCCUGCCAAUGCGAGCCAGGCGGUACCCGGUUGACAUGGAGACCUGGGUGCAUAGAGUCACACAGGAGCUGGAGCGGUGCUCGAGGGAGUGUGCUCUGAGGCGACCCCGGAUUACGCCGGCUGCGAGCUCACGGGACCCGGAGCACCCGUUCGGCAUCUUUCACGCGGCUCAUGUAUGGAGGGAUGGGACGUGGUCGUCGGCUGAGGACUUGGUUCGAAUGGGGAGAGAAGACCUGCUCCCACAGAACAAAAGGCGACCAACGGAGGAGGAUGAGGACCGAGAAGGGAACGGGGAACCGGAUGAGGAGGCCCUCUUCCAAACUGGUAUGGAACCAAGACCGGUGCGGCGCUGGGAAGACCUGAUCGAGCAGUUCUGGCAGUGGUGGGAUGAAGAGCGAGCCCUCGGGAUCGCUGUUAUGAUGAUGAGACGCCUGGCCAACUCCAGGGCUGAUGCUGAGUACCGGCGAUGGGCGGUCCGACCCUGUGACACUUUGGGGGCGGGGAUUCCCAACAGUGAGGGUGAAACGGAGGAUACCUCGCCAGCGGACUUCAUGCGAUGGGCUGUGGAAGCAGAGGACACACUCUAUGCUAUAUACUUAAGGGAGACUGCGGAGGUGCUGGAGUCGGAGGGCGAUGCUGCGGGGGAUGCAGCCAAUCGGGAUCACCAACGUGGCCGUGCUCGAGACCGAGACGAGGCGAACAGACGGUGUGGCCCAGCUGGAGGGGACAGAAGGGAGCAUCCGAACCUGGCAUCUGCACCAUGGCGAACAGCGGGGCGACCUCGACCGGAGCCGGCAUCGGGCUCACGAGAUGGGGCCUCGGGCUCACGAGAUGGGGCUGGUGGCACUGGAAGUCACACCGAGUCUGCCAGAGGGUCGGAUGGACCUGGUGCUGGAGGGGCCCGCUCAGGAGAAGCUCGCUUUGACGACUUCAAUGCCACGAUGUUGUUUUUCCCGACGGGUCCUCGUGACUCGGAUGCAGGAGUGGACAUUUGGAGGUACCUGCUGGGAAUCGGCACUUCCGAUCUUCCUCGAGGGCGUGAAGUUAUCGGAGCUGGGGGACCCCUGAUCCCGGAUAACAGGGCAGAGUGGAUGGUGGAGGUCCUCCGUGACUACACCACCCAGCAGCAGAUGAUCAUGACCAUUGCCCUGGUCACUACGGUCCGUGCCCUUCUUACCGAACUAGGCCAGAUCAUGCACCAGGCAUCCUUGGUUGAGGUUGACCUUGACGAAGAUGACACCGGAGGAGACAGAAGAGCUGGGGGCCGGGGUGACGAGGACGACGAAACAGGGUUGAUGCAGCUUGGGGAGGUGAUGUUCGUGCAGAAGGGUGUCACCAUGACCUAUGGGGUCCUGCUGGACUUGCAGAAGGAGUUUGAAGGGCCCUCGCCGGGCCUUGCCAGGCUGCGGGCCUUGAACAUGAGAAAGCAGCUGCAGCAGUUGAGGGUGGCGGCGAAACUGGAGGAAAAGGAGCUGGCGGAUCAGCUCGAUGCCCUCUGUGUUGCCACAGCUGAAGCCGGCAGGGGCUAUGUCCACGAAGGGUUCUUGGCCUCGGAGGAGCAGCUGAACGCAUGGACGUGGGCAUGGUUCCUGAAGCUGGUUCCCCCACUGAAGCUUCGAGGCAGACGGGGUAGUGCCUCUACGGACCCUGCCCCGGUCACACCAGUGCCCAUUGGGUCGCAGUCAAGCUCAGCGAGGUCGCAGUCCACUAUCUGCCCUACAUUGGUCGCGAUGGGGGAGCACGAACAGCAACUAGAGCGCCGUGAUUCCAAGGCCAUGGAUGAUGCCCAGGCGGCGUUCGAGUACGAGGAGGACCUGUACUACAAGGGUGUGGAAAAGGCCGUGGAAGAACACAUGCGAGCUGAAGAAAGCCACAAUUACCAGGCGUGGGAUGACUGGGCACUCUAUGAUGAGAUGCAUGGACCCAGGGCUCGAGUGAAACGUCGUCGACUGAUGCUUGAGGUUUCAGUGGGACCGCGGGAAGGACAGCCGGGCACCUCGCAGACGGUCAGAGUACCUUGGACCUCUACGGGGUCGCAAGUGGUGGUCACUAUGCAGACCAAGAUGGAGUCGGACGACGAGGAUGCCACCACCGUCAGGGCUUCACCUGGGCGGUCCGGGGGAGCUGACAUUCCUCUGGACUUUGGCGAGUACAUGGACUUGUUCACUCAGUGGUCUCAAGGGAUGGUCAGCAGUGCUGAGGUGAAGACCCGCUAUGGCGAAACAACCUUAGACAUGCUGGAGACGCAGAUGGUAGUGAAGGCGGGCGCCCUGGAUGACGAGGAUGAUGGUGACACUGAUGAGCCCGGCCAGGGAUCCCUUGGAGUUGGUGGUGUCGGGCCCAUUGUGCGAGAUCCAGGUGAUGUGCAGCCUCUGUCUACAGGGUCGGUGUCGGAGGGGAUGGGGGCAAAUGCCUCCCAGAGGGCAGAAACACUCCUGGACGCGGUCCUCUCAUGUACCCAGGUGGAGAAUGCCGAGACGUUGGUGCUUCAAGGGGCGGAGCAAGAUGAUGAACCUGCUGGCCGAUGUGAAGAUGCAGAUGCAGGGGUACAGGGUGAUGACGAAAGUGAGCCAAAGGGUCGAAGUCGGUCGCAAGUGGAGUUGUGA